UUUGUCCACUCAGCGACACCAAAAGCUACAUAGACCUAAUAAUAUGCAAAGUGUAGUAAUCAUAUAAGUCUACUCCAGAAUUUGACAUUUUACAACCACUUUUAACGGCAAAGAUGAGCCAUCAACUAUAUAGAAACACAGCCCUUGGUAACAGCUUGCAAGAGAGUCUGGACGAAUUAAUUCAGGCAAGGCUUAUUACACCACAACUUGCUCUGAAUGUCCUGCUCAAGUUUGAUCGUGCCAUCAAUGAUGCUCUGGCAAACAGACUAAAAAACAAGAUCAGUUUUAAGGGUCAUCUGAAUACAUACAGAUUCUGUGACAAUGUUUGGACAUUUGUUCUGAACGAUGUGGACUUCCGUAACGGUGACUUUGUGACAGUUGACAAGGUCAAGAUUGUGGCUGUUGAUGGCAAGAUAUCAGCAGCAUCGGGCCAGGACUGACACCCAGUACCGAAAAAAGGAGAACACUAUUCAAAAGACUACUAGUGAAGCAAGAAUCUUCUGUGCAAAUUGAUGGCUUGCUAGAAUGUAGGAAGUCAGGGGAUGUUUGUGAUUCCAAAAUGUACGUUUCUUGCUGAUGGCUGGCAAAUACAUGUAACGAAAGGAGCUUGCAUCUGGCCAUCUAUCCUAUUAAAGUUGCGAAAGUGAAUCUUAAAAGAUUAUAUUGUCACAAGAAUCUGACAGGUCUACAAUGUCUUAUUAAUUUGUAUUUAUUGGUUUCUACUCCUUCCAACUUUUCGUCAUGUGAAUAUUUACAAUUCUAUAGCUAAUAUAGAGAAGCUAUAUUGAAUAUGUCUCCUGUAUUCCAUGGUGAUGAACUUACCCCAACCCAUAUAGAGAAUGGAUGGGGGGAGGAAACUUUACAGGGUACAGUGUGCCACAGCCCAUUUACAAUUUUAAUAAGACCCAAUAGGAAUUCAAACAUUUGUUUUUGAUACAGAUGUAACAAUAUGAGGACUUAAUCAACAAAUUAAAAUUCUUUUCCUUUUUUGCUACCACAACUAGAUAUUCUUCUUGAAUGUCAGGUGUAGCUAUAAAGGUACAAUUGUACUUGUUGCCAAUUUUCCCUCUCAUGAAUUUUGCUUAAAUCCAUUUUUACUGUGUUAAAGAAAACUUACUGGAAUUCUGCAAAUGAAAUAUUUGCUGGUGUAAAAAUUAGAAAUAAAUCCAAUUCAAAUUUUCCAGGUUUUUCUUUAUUCAUUUUGCAAAACAAUGAGGGGAAAAUUGUGCUGCAACUACCUACCACUGUCAUUUUUCUGAGAAACAUAUCAUGUAUUGUGUGAUAUUGCUGGUGUAUUGGUCCAGAACAAGGCGGACUACAUGUAGAUUCAAAUAACUUACUGAAUUUAUCAUUUAAAUUAAUGUGCAAGCAUUUAAUUUGUAAACAAGUAGUGAAGUAAUCAAUUGAUUUGGUUGUAAAGUAGAAAUUACUGCACUUCACAAUUUAUAAUUUUUUUCUCAUAGGGAAAUUUGUCAAGUAAAUCCAUUAUCGUCAAUGUUUUAAUUAGG